CCCGCCGUCAAGUCGCGCGUCGUCCACGUGCGCAACAUUCCGCUCGACACCUCCGAGCACGACCUGAUCCAGCUGUCCGCGCCGUUCGGCCGCGUCACCAACUGUCUCAUCCUCAGAGGCAAGUCGCAGGCGUUCGUGGAGUUCCUGGACUUCCAAUCCGCGCAACAAAUGGUCAACUUCUGGCUGUCGUCCACUUUGCAGGGAAUCCCGUCUCCGAUGCAGCCCAACAUCAGAGGGCGCCACGUGUUCUGUCAACUCAGUAACCACAAGGAGCUCAAGACCAACGGCUUCCACCAGAACGGUCAGAAUGACCACCAGAUGGCGGCAGACGGCCAGUCGUCGCCGGGAGUGCAGAACGGCGUGUCGCGCGAGCCCAGCUGUGUGCUGCGCGUGAUCGUGGAGAACCUGAUGUACUCGGUGACGCUCGAAGUCCUUCAUUCCGUGUUCUCGCGCGCCGGCAAAGUGGCCAAGAUCGUGACCUUCACGAAGAACGGCUCCUUCCAGGCGCUCAUCCAGUUCAUGGACGGCCGGGACGCGGCGGCCGCGAAGCAACUGCUGGACGGCCAGAACCUGUUUCACCCGAACGCCAACACUCUGCGCAUCGAGUUCUCCAAACUGCAGGCGCUCAACGUCAAGUACAACAACGACAAGUCACGUGACUACACCAACCCC